AUGACUAUUGCUGCAUAUGCGUAUGAAACAAAUGAAGCAAGAAGAGCACAUGAACUAGUAAACGAAAACUCAACUUUAACCAUUGAAGGCAAUGAUUUAGUCAUUGACGAUGGAAAAACUAAAAAAGUCAUUGAUUUCGAUACUUUUAACACGUAUGACCCAUUCAUUACAAUAAGUAAAGUUCCCAUCAUAAAUGAUGGAACGGUGCAAUAUAUAAAUUCUACAGUAGAUGCCUCAUUAGUGAAAGUAUUAAAUGUUCUCAUUGAAUUGUUAAAGAGCUUUCGAUUUGACGACAACAUUAAAUGCCUAAAGAAUUUAGUCAUGAAUGAGAAACAAAUUCUCGGCGUUGCUGGUAGCAGUAAUGAUGUACACCUUAUGACAUUAGAAUAUUAUAACGAACAUAAAGAUGAACUGAAAGGAGAGAAGGGUGACACCGGACCUCAAGGACCACAAGGAAUACAAGGACCUCAAGGCGAAAACGGUUUGGAUGGUGAAGAUGGAAAGGAUGGAAAAACUGCUAAAUCAUGGAUAUGGAACCUUAUAAAUACUGGCUUAAGAGCUGCUUCAUAUGGAGUUCUUCAAUACCAAAUCGGAAAGAUAUGGGCGGUACUUGGUGAAGAAGUUUUAAAUGAUGUUAAAAAUGCUUUGAACUUCAUUUCAAAUGGUUCGGAUACUAUUAAAACUUUAUCUGGUUGGAUGCAAGAAACAAGGAGUCAAAUAGAUACUGUAAGACGUAUAGCAAACAAUGCACGUACGGGAUUGGAUACUUU